UCUACACUGCUUCAGUUUUUGACACCAAAAGGUCUGUUUUCAACCAUAUCUCAUAGGAUCAGUGAUCAAGAAUGGCUGACGGAGAAAGUGUGGGUUUCCCUGAACUAGAUUCUUCAGCUGUAUUAACAUCAGAUGACAGUGGAUUCCAAUCAACACCAGUCCAAGAUGAACAACAGGAGGAUAACAGGACAGUGACAGGCCGAAUGAAUCUAUAUGCUAAACUUCUGCAAAUCAGCCAAUACUCGUAUCUUCAUGUCUUCAUGAGUGAGGAGCUCAGCCUUAGGGACUUGGAAGAGGCCCGUUGCAGAACUGUCCAGGAGAUUGGAGAUAAAGUGACACUGCUAAGACUAGAGAAUAUAUUCUAUCCAUAUGUUGGAAGGAUGAGGCUACGACUGGCAUUUGAUGUGAGGGCACAAAGAUUCAGUCUUCCAUCACCUCUAUUGGAAGACAUUAUGGAUCUCACAGAAGAAGAUUCUCCUGUCAAGUUGCUUGGAAGUAUUAAAGGGAACACCAAUGGACAUCCCUUUAUUGACAUCCUGACUCCAUAUUAUGAAAGAGCAGUUAUGGUCUGGAUCUUCAGAUACAAUUGGCUCCUAAACAUCACAUCUGGACACAUCAGACUGGUGGGCACAGGCAGAAUCACAUUCAAUAAGCUUCUUAGGAAGGAGGAGAUUGACAUUAUGAACACGAUCAAUGUUAGGGUGGAAUUCCUCUCUGGAGAGAGGAGGGAGCUGACCACUGGUGAAGAUGUCAUCACUGAACCCUGCGUUAUAUCUGUCGAUCCCCCCACUGACUGAAGCAGCAUCAUGAGAGACAUGCAGAACCACAGCAGCCCUUCACUGAAUCCUUGCCACCUUUCCACUUUAUGGAUUCCUAUUUUCCUAAAAUAUUAACAAAGUUUGAAUCUUGUGGCAUGGAUAUAGGAGAAGGGAAAAUGUUGUUCUGCAUUUAAAAAACUGUCAAUCAUGUGGGUGUGGCAAAUCACCUUGUCACAUGCUUCUGGCAGUAAAUACCUCAAAGUUGAGGUUUUAAUUACUAGUAUAUAUCAAAUAAUGUGCUUGUUAGACAUGUUUUUUCUUUUCCUUUAAGCAUUAUAAAAACUAACUUUAAAACCAGAUAAUAAGAGACUCAUUCCCAAAAGUUUAGACACGUUCAAUCAUUUUCAUUCUGUUCUACCAAAGCAAUAAUUUCAAAAGCAAAGACGGUUGUCAAAUGAAUAAAAUAAGACGACCAUUAUGCAGUGUAGUGGCGACCAAGUCUAUUGUUUGUCAGCUGAUAAAAUGAGGCCUUGUACAACUCACGGAAAUCUGUGUGUGUGAUCUUUUCUCAAGCCUACCAUUGCCUGACAUUGAAGCAUAUGUGCAGAGCCAAUGUUUGCAGGGCAAGAACAUGGAUAUUUCUAUAUCAUCCCAACAGAAAUGUCUGGUACCAAGACAUUUUCUCCCAUGGGUUCCAACACAUA